GAAAUAACUAGUUAGUGGGGUUAGGCCGUCGCACAAAGUUUCCGCCUGGCAUUUGAGGCACCAAGCUUCAGCUCCAUCAGCCUUGCUCUAGGCAAACUGCCCGCAACGCGUCAAAUCGCUGGGGGUAGCUUGGCCCAUCAUCCAACAACCAAGCUCCGCCGCCUGCCUAGCCCACCACCUCCUUCCCACCACAUUACCGACAAUAUCUCAAACUGUCUGGGCUGCACUACCUUUUCUGACUGUUACGAAUACCAGAAAAGCAUUUUUUUUUUUUUUUCAGUGAAUCAGUCUGUCAAAAUGGCGGGCAACGCUGGCUACGACAGACAUAUCACCAUCUUCUCGGAACAAGGGCGGCUGUACCAAGUCGAAUAUGCCUUCAAGGCGAUCACGGCGGCGAACAUUAUGUCGAUUGGUGUGCGGGGCAAGGACUGCGCCGUAGUCCUGUCCCAAAAGAAAGUCCCGGAUAAACUCAUCGACCCCUCGUCUGUAUCACACAUCUUCCAAAUUUCUCCGUCGGUCGGCUGCGUCAUGACGGGUUCCAUUGCCGAUGCCCGCGCCUUCUCCCAGCGUGCCCAAUCGGAAGCCGCAGAAUUCAAGUACAAGUAUGGCUAUGAAAUGCCAUGCGACGCCUUGGCCAAGCGGUUGGCCAACAUCAGCCAGGUGUACACUCAACGGGCAUACAUGAGACCGUACGGUGUGGCGACGACGUUGAUAUCGCUCGACUCUGAGUUUGGACCCCAGCUGUUCAAGUGCGAUCCUGCCGGCUAUUACAUCGGGUACAAGGGAACCGCCGCGGGCCCCAAGCAGCAGGAGGCGCUCAACCACCUCGAGAAGAAACUCAAGAACAAGGACUGCGCCCCCGGCGACUGGAAGGAGGUUGUGGAGCUCGCCAUCACCACCCUCAGUACCGUCCUGAGCAUGGAUUUCAAGAAGACCGAGAUCGAGAUCGGCAUUGUGGGAGGGCCGCGCCCAGACGGCAAGGAAGGGACAUACCCCGGCUUCAGGAAGCUGACGGAAGAAGAGAUCGACGAGAGGUUACAGGCAAUUGCAGAGAAGGACUGAAGUAACAGAUCUGCCGAGUAGACGCGGCCAAGGGGGGGGAUGGAUCGGAUCCCCUUCGCUCCUGAUUGUUGAGAGGCCAACAGCGGGGGCGGCAGGUGAGCUGGAUGUCGCGUAUGGUGAGGUCGAUGUCCCCAAAUACCACGUUGCUUAUUCCGAACAAGAAGAACCACGCUCCUUGGUUUAGAUGCAGGAUGCGGGAGAAGCUCAAAACAGAGCGGUGCGUGGCAAAGACAGUUCCUCGGACGAACCCCUGUCUCGGGUGAAGACCAAGAUAUGCAUGACUGCUCACCAACCCA